AUUAAAAGUUCAAAUAAAGACAUUUUAAAGAAUUCAGAAAAAAAAAUUAUGCAAUUUUAGUAAAGGAAAAUGUACACAGUUCUUCCAAAAAGCUUUUUUUUAAAAAGUACAAAGGUUUUCCAAUAUUAAAUCCAAAAGUUUAAAAACUUUAAGACCAGAAGACCAGUAGAAUAAGCAUUAAAUAAUUGUAAUAUUGUAUCAAAAGAAGUGAAAAAAGUUUCAGAUAAGGAUUCAAUUGUUAAUAAUACAGAACUCAAAACCAACGAAUUGGCUAAUGAAAAGCUUAUGAGUUUAUCAAUUGAUAUUCAAUUCAACAUUAUUCCGGCAUCUUUCCCUUUAAACUGUGUUAAUGUUAGUGUUCCUGAGUAUGCUAAUUUUUUUAUGAGUAUUAGUAAAUCUUCUAAAGAAUAUAUGACCGCUUUUGGAAACUUCUCAAAAUAAUACUGAAAAGGGAUCAUUAAUAAUUAUAGAAAAGUUUAAUAACUUUUCAGUUUUUCUAGGUUGUGUCAUCACUGCACUAAAUAUUGAUAAAUCCAAUGAUAUUUAUUCUGAGCUAGCAUCUUUAUGUUCUAACAAAAGAAUUCCUUCUAUAGAUAAUUUUAAAGAUGAACAAUUGUGUAUAAAAAAUAUGAGGAAAGACAAUAUAAUUGGGAAAUUUGAAGAUGAACAAAAACAUAACCCUAACUUUAAUUUUUAUGAUAAUACUUCAAAACAACUAUCACUUCAGAAUAAAGAUAUGAAUCUAACAAUGGACACAUCAAUUACACAAGAAGACUAUCAUCAGUUCCAAAAAGUGACCAGCUGUGAUAACUUUAUAGAAAAUAUUUGCAAAAAUGUAAACAAAUUAACAGAUUUAAACAUACCUAUACCACAAUUACUAGCAAAUAUAAAAAACUCAUCAAAUUUAAAGUCUGAUGAAAAUGAAAGUGGUAUUGAAAGAAAGCAAUCUUAAAAUGAGUUGUAUGAAAAACUGAAAAAACAGAAGAUAUGUUAAGGUGUUUUAAUAAAUAGCUUUUUUUUAAUAGUUGUUAGAUGAAAUAACUAUAAUAUUUAUAUUUUUGUUCUUAAUAUACGUAAAUAAAAACUUGUGUCUGAACAUUUUGCUUAAAACCGUCCAACUUUU